CGCCUUCAUCUAAGCCCCUCCCCUUGAUGGUGCGCCGAAGUGCGAGUUGUAGCUGUUACCUGAGGAUUUUAACCCCUUUGGUACCGAGGUGGGGCAAUCGGGCGGGGCCUGGGUACUCCGGGCAGGUCUAUGGUCCGCUGUCAGUGUAUCUAAGAGUGACGAAGAUAAGGCUCUGCUUUCCUGUGGGGCUGAAAGGCAGCUAUGUGAGUGUCACUACUCCCCCUUCUGCUCUACUCGCCGGCUCUAGCGCUGCUGGCAGGGUCUCCCCCUCGCAGAAAUGGCUCCUGCCAAGUCAGUGCUCAGCCUGGCCACCUUCUCCUUUGGGAUCGCUAUCGGCUUCAUCUUCAGCUACGUGAUGUUCAGCAUAGUGUUCGAGGGGCAGGACAAGCCGCGGGGGAAGCCCGAGGUGAUACACAACGAUCCCCACGGGAGGCACUUGGACGAUGCCCCUGCUGGGCCGCCUCUCCUGGGGCAGAUGAACUUCAGCGUGGAUGCCCAGCAGCACCAUGAUGAGGACAAGCACGUGUCUGAUGAGCUUUAUAGCAAAGUGAAAAUCUUGUGUUGGGUAAUGACCAGCCCUCAGAACCUGGACAAGAAGACAAAGCAUGUAAAAGCUACCUGGGCCCAAAGGUGCAACAAAGUGUUAUACAUGAGCUCUGAAGAGAACAAAGAGUUCCCCACCGUGGGCUUAGACACAAAGGAGGGCAGAGACCAGCUCUACUGGAAAACCAUUAAAGCCUUUCAGUAUGUACACGACCAUCAUCUGGAGGAAGCCGACUGGUUUAUGAAAGCCGACGAUGAUACGUACGUGGUGUUAGAUAAUCUAAGAUGGAUUUUAGCCAAACACGUUCCCAGUGACCCGAUUUACUUUGGGAGGCGUUUUAAACCCUAUGUAAAACAAGGGUACAUGAGUGGAGGGGCUGGUUAUGUGUUGAGCAAAGAGGCCUUGAAAAGGUUUGUGAAUGCAUUCAAGGAAGAAAAAUGUACUCAUAGCUCUUCUGUGGAAGAUCUGGCGUUAGGGAAAUGUAUGGAGAACAUUAACGUCAAAGCUGGGGAUUCCAGGGAUACCAGUGGAAAAGAGACAUUCCAUCCGUUUGUACCAGAGCAUCACCUGAUCCAUGGCUACUUGCCCAAGACUUUCUGGUACUGGAAUUACAACUAUUAUCCUGCAGUGGAGGGCCCCGGAUGCUGCUCUGACCAUGCAGUUUCUUUCCACUAUGUGGAUUCUACAAAUAUGUAUCAGUUAGAAUAUCUGGUCCAUCACCUGCGUCCGUACGGAUACAAAUACAGGUACAGUCCGGACUCCACUAUGAAAAAUAUGAAGGAAGACGCCGAUAAAGCUAAAGAUGUCAAGGCAGUAGCAUGAGAUCCGAAGCAUACUUCCUUGUGCACUGACUGUUUUAUGAUUAUUAUUAUUAUUAUUAUUAUAGGGCAUGGAACCACAGUGGACAGCAUACAGUGCUAUGAAAAUCUUCUACAUUCUCCAUCUUUUUUUGUCUUUUGUUCUCUGAAUGACCACACCUUCAGUCUUCACAGGGAAUGGAUUAAAAGCAAGAUAUUGUGUAAUAGCAUGCAUUCACCAUGGUAAAAGCCUGAUCUGAUUUGCACUUGAGGAAGAUGGUAUAUUAAGUAAUAUUAUGUUAUAUUUCUCUAGUUUGCUACCUCCUGCUAGCGAGCACUGCCGUGGCACAGUCACAUGCAUAGCUGGGCCGAUAGAAAGCAGGUCUUGGAGACAAUACAGCGAAUACUGUUGGAGAUUUACAGUAUCCCAGCACAGACUGUCUUGGAUACAGCGGAUUCCUAUUGAGUCUAUGGGGUUAGAGUAGUUUCAGAGUAAGUAAAGAGUAGGCUCUAAGCAAUGAAGGAAGCUUGCAGCCCAAAACCUUUGUAAAUCCUGGAUUUCCAAGCAGUGACCCUCCAGCUGUUGUCUUCAGGGUAUAAUGGAGCUUGGUGAUGUGUACAAUAUAGUCUGGGCCUUUUUUUGUAAAUUGCCACCAUCUAAGAGGUCAUGUGGGCAUUGGAAUAGUAACUGGG